GAAUCAGUCCAGUCAGAUGAUCAACGCGGUGGUUUGUUUGCUAGUCGAUUAACGUAUGGUAAUAAUAUGGAGCAUUAAUUCACUACAGUAACAUAAGAAACCUCUUUGCUGAACCCUUGUGACUCUAGAAUAUCUUGAAAUUUCCACAUUUAAUGAUAUUGGGUUUGUUCGGUUUUAGCACUUCAGUGGAGUUGGGUCUCCAAGAUCCAGUUAAAAACUGCGGAACUUAGAUUUGGUCGUGAAGUCCUACUUAUGGAUUUUAAUGUCAUUUGUUAUUACCAAUACAACUAAAUGAGGCCAUCAGAAUUACAUAUUAACGUGGAUCGAAAGCUGGUAUUUAGAUUUUCCAACUAACUCAUUGACGACCUGAACUUUAUUAUUAUUAUUAUUAUUAUUAUCAAAUCCUCUUAUUUGUUUACGAGGUGUUUAUGACAAAUCUGUUUUGUUUUAAGUAAUGAUGAAAUUGUUGUUGGGGCUUGUAUGGGACUCACAAAUUAAGCUUUGCUCUUACUACAGAUGACGCAUUUUUAGAACUGAGACAUCAAUGUAACGUAUUUUCCUAUAUUGUAUCCUAAAGAUCGAGCGUUAAUCGGUAGUAGUCUGACGAGAAAAUCUAUUUCGGUAGAUGAGUGUAGUUAUUAUUUAGUUGAAAGGUAACUAUGUAUACAGACAAAUAUGAAUCCGUCAGUUUUAACAUUCUCAGUAAUUUUACAUUUUGUAUGCACUUUCGUUCAUCACUGAUAAUUCCUUUCUAAUAUUUGGAGAUGUUAUAAGGACCUAUAAACUACAGCCAUAGUAGAGGCAUUACGUAAGCUCAACAUUAGUUAUAUCAAAAUGCUUUAAAUAAUCUCUUUCAUUGCAAAGUUUUAUCUACUCCAUACCAUUAGUCAGUUCUCUUUGUCUGUUUUUUAUUAUGAAUAAGGUGUUAUGUUGCUCAAAUUCGCUUGUGUGUUUGACGAAAAAAUGUGUUUAGGUAUUUGAUAAAAAGAUGUCUGUUUAGGUGUUUGACAAACUGGUCUUCCAAAGUUUCGUUUUAGUAGCCGAAUAGGUAACUUUUGUUAUUGCACGUAAGUUUUUAGCUUACUACAAGGCUCUUCGCGUUUUUCUUUCAUGUUAUUGAUAGUAUCAAUUGUUCUCAACUCAUUUUGCCUACAGUUUGAUUUAUGUGGUUAGUUUCUUAAUUUUUCAGAACGGAGCAGGAAACAUUGAUUGCAGAAAAUGGGAGGACGUCUACUUGAUGUAUAUUUCAAACCAAUGCCCGGCAGAUAGCAUUUCAAUCAAGGGAACUUUGUUCUUAACAGACCAUGGAUCAAAAGUAAGUAUUCACUGGGUACCCCAUCAUGAUCAAGAUUCGUCAUUAUCCCAAGAAGAUAGAAAAGGUUAUGAAAUCGAUAUUAAGGAUAUGGAUUUUCUUGUUAUACGAAAGGCCCCAUGCUUUCCUUGCCGUGGAGUGUAUUUAUCCCUAAAAUCACAAAAACCUUAUGGCCCAUUCGAGUUCCGUAAAGGUGGUUCCAGUUCAUUUUUGCGAAGUUUGAGUACUUUGGCUGAUGUUAGAAGAUGCCAUGAUGACGAGAAUCGGUACAUUGUCAGACCUCGUCCACAAUAUAAUUUUACUUCUAAUUACCAUCUUCCUGAUCCUUUUGUACAAAACAAACGUCAUUUCAGUUCAGCAAGAGUGGAAGCGGAAGGGCUGAUUGGGUCCCCUUUUUCUGGCCAAUUAGGUGCUUCAUUAAGAAAUAUUGGAAUACAUGUCAACUCAAUUGUUAGCACUAUAUUAUCACCUAAUUUAAUCGAUGAAAAUAUAGCUCCAAAUAACGGCUCAUCUGAAGAGUAUUUUGCAAAAUGUAUUGCAGAAGAUCUACAGAAAAUCGAAGCUGCACGUUUAAGAACUACCGAUGAUGAAGGAGGAUUUGCUGUUGUUGAACGAAGACCAAACCCUAUUUUUCUUCCACCAAUGCCCACUGUUCAGCGUUCCCUCCCACUGAAUAUGACCCAAUGGAAAAAGUCACUGGAUCCAGAAGGUCGUGUAAAUCGACCUGAAAAUUUACGUGAAAUAAUAUUCAAUGGUGGUAUUGAAAAUGAUUUAAAACCGAUAGUAUGGAAGUAUUUGCUCGGUUAUUAUCAAUGGACUUAUACAGCAGAAGAAAAUGAAAGAUUAAAAGUUGAAAAAAGUCGUGAAUACCACAUCUUGAAGACAUUUUGGAAGUCAAUGUCCUCUGAUCGAGAAGCUAGGUUUGCAUUGUUUCGUGAUCGUAAAUGUUUUAUUGAUAAAGACGUUCCACGUACUGAUCGAAAAACUGAUUUCUACUCGGAUGAUAGUCAUGGAAAUUUGACACGUCUUUCAGAUAUACUUAUCACGUAUACUAUAUAUAAUAUGGAUUUUGGUUACUUUCAAGGAAUGAAUGAUUUACUCGCAUUAAUACUUUAUGUUAUUAAAGAUGAAGAAGAUUCUUUUUGGUGUUUUGUUGGUUUAAUGAAUAGACUAGAAUCUAAUUUCAAUGGUGAACUCAAUGCAGUCAGAGAACAAUUUAAUCAAUUAUUUUCACUGAUUGAAAUAGUUGAUCCAACUUUCAGUGAAUAUCUUGAAUCGAAAAGUGCCAAAGAAAUGCCGUUUUGCUUCCGCUGGUUGUUAAUUCAUUUCAAACGAGAAUUCUCAUACAAAGAUACUAUGACUUUAUGGGAGGCGUUUUGGACAGAUUAUCGGACUAAGAAUUUCCAUAUCUUUUUCGCUGCCGCCAUACUUUUGACUCAAAGAGAUAAUAUCAUGAAUAGAAAAUAUGAUGCAAACAGUAUAUUAAAGCAUGUGAAUGAACUAUCCAUGAAGAUUCCACUGGAAGACUCUAUAAUUCGUGCUACAGCCUUGUUAGGCCAGCUGGAACAAGUGUCUGAUUCUUUACCACAUUCUGUGCAGGAUAUUAUUCAUGGACAGUCUUUAGCAACGUCUAGACAUGUUAAUGUCUACAAAGAGGAAAACACCAGUUGUACAGAACAUUCAUCAUCUAUUUAUGAUUAUUCACCAACUUUGUUAAAUGAGCAACUAGAAGUAUUGAUGGAUAAUGAAAUGUUUGAUCCAAAUAAAGAUAUAACUAAUCAGUCAAUUUUAAUGAUCCCAUCUAAUAGCAGUAGACAAUUCUUCUAGUGACUAUAUAUAUAUAAUGCUUGAUGCAGACACCAGGUUUCAAACUCCUUAACAAGUGUGCUUUAUAGUUUCUUAAAUCGGACCUGUUAAAUAAUUGGUGUGUUAUGAAAAAUGUGCAUAUUCAACGUAAACCAGGAGCAUCCAUCAUUUAAAGAACUUAGUAUGGUUCUCCGUUUUGUUCAUGUAUACAUUUAUCUACUUAUCCUUAAGUUUAUUCGACUAUAUAUUUUUAUCCUUAUAAUUUUUCCUCCAUCAGCACUGUGAUUGUACUUUUAAUAAUGAUUUUUCUUCUAUUUAUUGAAAAGAAACCAAAAUAUUUCUUUGAAUAAAAGUAAUUUACUGAAUCUU